AUGAAGGGGUUUGAGUGGUUUUCGCACAGACCUGAAGCUGUAGAUGUUGAGCAACCACGCGAAGCGCAUGAUCGGACCCGGUUUUCGCUAUCUGGAGCUCCGGAUCGAGAAAACCCGGAGCGCCCAGCCCACGGCGCGGGCGAUGCUGCGUCGGACGAAAUCGACGAACGCGGCGGCGCGUGGCCACAGGCGGCGAAGGAACCCGCCGCCGGAGGAUCCGGGGGAGGUGGACAUCGGCUGGAGGUAGGCCCACGCGGCCUGCUUGACGAGGCGGUUCCGGAUGCAGAUGUCAGAUCCGGGCGGGGUCAUGAGGGCCGGGCCGGGCUUGGGGGAGUUGACCGCGGCCGCCGGCAGCAGGUCCCGGAGCGAGGUGUAGCUGGGAAGGAGGAUGAUGAUGACGUGGCGGCGGCGGUGGUGGUGGUGGUGGUGGAGGUGGAGGUGGAGGUGGAGGUGUUGUGGUCGGAGAGGAGGGCGAGCUGGGCCACCGCGGAGGCGGAGCUCCGGCGGCGGAGAAGCGGGUGGUCGUGGUAUGGAGGCGUUUCUGGCACGGCGCCGUAG